CACCUUAAUGGUUACCUUUCUUUUCCACAGGCCCAGCAGCACCAUGUCUGAGCUGAAGGACUGCCCCCUUCAGUUCCACGACUUUAAGUCUGUGGACCAUCUGAAGGUGUGCCCACGUUACACAGCCGUGUUGGCCCGUUCAGAGGAUGAUGGCAUUGGCAUUGAAGAACUCGAUACCCUGCAGCUGGAGCUGGAAACACUCCUGUCUUCUGCCAGUCGCCGACUCCGAGUAUUGGAGGCUGAGACACAGAUCCUGACAGACUGGCAAGACAAGAAAGGGGACAGGCGAUUUCUGAAGCUGGGCAAGGAGCAUGAGCUGGGCACUCCUAUCAAGCACGGCAAGCCCAAGAAGCAGAAGCUGGAAGGGAAAGGAGGCCACAGCACAGGGCAGGGCCCCGGUCGGCCCAAAUCCAAAAACCUGCAGCCGAAACUCCAAGAGUAUGAAUUCCCAGAUGACCCAAUCGAUGUGCCACGCAUUCCCAAAAAUGAUGCGCCAAACAGGUUCUGGGCCUCAGUGGAGCCGUAUUGUGCAGACCUCACCAGUGAGGAAGUGCGUACCCUGGAAGAGCUCCUGAAACCUCCGGAAGAUGAGGCCGAACACUACAAGAUCCCGCCCUUGGGGAAGCACUACUCGCAGCGCUGGGCUCAGGAGGACAUGCUAGAGGAGCAAAAAGAUGGUGCUCGGGCCGCAGCUGCCGCCGACAAGAAAAAAGGCAUUUUGGGGCCACUGACAGAGCUGGACACGAAAGAUGUCGAUGCUCUGCUGAAGAAGUCAGAGUCCCAGCACGAACAGCCUGAGGACGGUUGCCCGUUUGGGCCUCUGACGCAGCGUCUCCUGCAGGCCCUUGUUGAGGAGAAUAUCAUCUCCCCCAUUGAAGACUCGCCUAUUCCAGAGAUGGCAGGCAAGGAUUCUGCAGGUGAUGGGGCCAGCACCUCCCCUCGCAGCCAGAACAAGCCCUUCAGCGUACCCCACACCAAGUCCCUAGAAGGCCGCAUCAAAGAGGAGCUGAUUGCUCAGGGCCUGUUGGAGUCGGAGGACCGGCCUGCCGAGGACUCGGAGGACGAGGUGUUGGCCGAGCUGCGGAAGAGGCAGGCUGAACUCAAGGCCUUGAACGCGCACAACCGAGCCAAGAAAGUGGAGCUGCUCAGGCUGGCCAAGGAAGAGCUGCACAGGCAGGAGCUGCGGCAGCGGGUGCGGAUGGCGGACAACGAGGUCAUGGACGCCUUCCGUAAGAUCAUGGCGGCACGGCAGAAGAAGCGCACGCCGACCAAGAAGGAGAAGGACCAGGCCUGGAAGAGCCUCAAGGAACGCGAGAGCAUCCUCAAGCUGCUGGAUGGCUGACGUU